UUCUGGGAAAAGAAUUUCUUACAGUCAAAUUUCUCUACUUCCCAUUUAUCUUCUUCAUCGAGCUUUUGUCAUUUACUCUAAAAUCCCUAAUUCCAUGCACAAGAAGAUGAGAUUUUCCAAUUGGAUCUUAUUACUUCUCAUCCUUCUAUUUGUUGGGUCAGAACCCAUUUCAUCAUAUUCAUCACCGUCUUCCGCCUCAGAAGAACACGCAGAAAUCUCUAGAAAUUUCCUAAGUUACGCCAAGAAAUCGGACUUCUUCGAUUGGAUUGUGGGUAUCAGGAGGAAAAUACACGAGAAUCCAGAACUGGGUUAUGAAGAAUUCGAGACCAGCAAGCUUAUUAGAGACGAAUUGGACAAGAUGGGCAUUGCUUACAAAUACCCAGUUGCAGUUACUGGUGUUGUCGGUUUCAUUGGUUCCGGUAAACCCCCUUUUGUAGCACUGAGAGCUGACAUGGAUGCUUUGGCUAUGCAGGAGAUGGUAGAAUGGGAGCAUAAGAGUAAGGUUCCUGGGAAGAUGCAUGCUUGUGGACACGAUGGUCAUGUCUCAAUGCUUCUUGGUGCUGCUAAGAUCUUAAAUGAACACAUGCAUCUCUUGGAGGGAACUGUGUUGCUCGUUUUUCAACCAGCAGAGGAAGGUGGCGGAGGUGCAGAAAAAGUUGUAAAUGAAGGAAUACUUGAUAAUGUUGAAGCCAUAUUUGGUCUUCAUCUUUUUCCUUACUUGUCAGUAGGUCAAGUAGCCUCCAAACCGGGGCCUAUUUUGGCUGCAAGCGGAGAAUUUAACGCGGUUAUUAAAGGAAAAGGAGGUCAUGCUGCGAUUCCUCAGCAAGCAAUAGAUCCAAUUUUAGCAGCUUCUAAUGUUAUUGUUAGUUUACAACAUCUCAUUUCUCGUGAAGCAGACCCGCUCGAUUCUCAGGUUGUAACUGUUGCAAUGUUCCAAGGUGGAAAUGCUAUGAAUGUCAUUCCGGAUUAUGUUACCAUCGGAGGAACUUUCCGUGCCUUUUCCAAGGAAACUUUUAUGCAAUUGAAGCUCAGGAUUGAAGAGGUAAUAACAAGACAAGCAUCUGUACUGAGGUGCAAUGCAACUGUCAAUUUUUUCGAAAAGGAGAAGCCAUUCUUCCCAGCAACCAUAAACGAUGAAAGCUUGCACAAACAUUUUUGGAAAGUGGCAACUGGCAUGGUUGGGAAAUCAAAUGUGAAAAACAUGUCUCCUCUUAUGGGAUCAGAGGACUUUGCGUUUUAUCAAGAGGCAAUUCCGGGAUACUUUUUCUUCUUAGGAAUGCAAAAUAUCGACAUGAAUGAGAAAUUACCAUCUCCUCACUCGCCUCACUUCAAGAUUAAUGAAGACACACUCCCUUAUGGGGCCGCGCUUCAUGCUUCACUAGCGGUUAGGUAUCUUAUUGAGUCCCAAUCGAAAAUCCGUGGUGCCGAAUUAUGAGACGAAUUGAAAAUUUUAAAUUCUUUUAGUUUGGACAACUUGUGAAUUAUGUACAUGUCUAUUGGUAAAUAACAAGAGCUACCAAUUAUUUUAUA